AUUUUUUGUUUGUUUUCUAUUGUUAUAACUUUGGGAAUUUAGAGAUUGAAAUCCUUGCUAUAGACUUUUGAAUGAAAAGGAUUUCAAAUCUCAAUUCCCAAUUAGACUUGAAAUAAUAAUCAAAAAGAAAAAUGGCAUUUUCAGGAAGCCAACAGAAAUGUAAAGCUUGUGAAAAAACUGUUUAUAUUGCAGAGAUGAUUUCUACAAAUGGAGUUGUUUAUCAUAAUACAUGCUUUAGGUGCAACCAUUGCAAUGGAAGGCUUGCAUUGAGCAAUUAUUCAACCCUUGAUGGAGUUUUAUAUUGCAAGCCUCAUUUUGAACAAAUCCUCAAGGAGAAAGGAGGUGCCUCGUUGAAGCAUUCUACAUCAUUGGGGAAGCUAAAUGAACUGAACAGAAGCCCUAGCAGAGUUUCGGCUCUCUUUUCUGGUACUCAAGAUAAAUGUGCCGCAUGUAAGAAGACAGUUUACCCCUUAGAAAAGGUGACAGUGGAUGGUGAAAUGUACCACAAAUUAUGCUUCAAAUGUGGACAUGGAGGUUGCAAACUUACAACAUCAUCUUAUGCUGCAUUUGAUGGACGACUCUAUUGCAAACCUCAUUUCUCUCAAUUAUUCAAAGAAAAAGGUUCCUACAACCAUCUCAGCAAAACUGCUUCAAUUAAGAAAAAUGAAAAUGAUCAAGAAGGCUCUAGUGCUACUGCUGAAGAACCAAUUAAACCAGAGGAGACAAAAGAUUAGUCAUAAUAAUACAAUAUACCUAGUUUGCAACAUUAUUUUAGCAAUUGUCUAAUUUCCUUUUUUCCCCCCUCCCUAAUUUCUUCAUAUGUUUUUUUAUAUAAUAUAUUUGCGAAUUGUCAUUCACACUCCUUCUAUGUGUUUUGGGAGCCUUGGAGCAACAUAAAAUUAUUUCUAUGUGACUUA